AGUAUAGUGCAACAGCGGUUUACUACCACUUGUUAAUUUACUCUGUCCUAUACGAUCCACCUACUAACUACUAAUAUUUCGUUGAAUCACUUUAUAAUUUUAAAAUUUGCUUACAAUAACUAAAAGUAAAUAAAUUUCAAACACAAUGGCAUCAAAAAAUCAAUUCGUCACAUUUAAUAACGGUCAGAAGUAUCCAAUUGUAGGAUUUGGCACUUGGAAGUCAAAGCCUGGUGAAGUUGAAGAAGCAGUCAAAGUUGCCAUUGAUACAGGAUAUAGACAUAUUGAUUGUGCUAUGGUUUAUGAUAAUGAAAAUGAAAUAGGGAAGGCUAUUAAGCAAAAAAUUGAUGAAGGUGUUGUUAAACGUGAAGAUUUAUUCAUUACUAGCAAACUGUGGAACACUUUUCAUCAACCUGAUUAUGUUGAAACAGUAUUAAAAAAAACGUUAUCUAAUUUGCAAAUUGAAUAUUUGGAUCUAUACUUAAUUCACUGGCCUAUGGCUUUUAAGGAAGGUAAGUUGGAAGAUGAAUGGUUCCCAAAGGAUGCUGAUGGAGUCACACUCGAAGGAAACGGUUCUUAUAUAGAAACAUGGAAAGCAAUGGAAAACUUGGUUACAAAAGGUCUUGUCAAGUCAAUUGGUAUAUCAAACUUUAAUAGGAAACAAAUAGAAAACAUUCUAAGUAUAGCUACCAUAAAGCCAGUUGUUAAUCAAAUUGAAUGUCAUCCAUACUUGAAUCAAAAAAAAUUAAAAGAAUUUUGUGAACAAAAUAAUAUAUUUGUAACUGCAUACAGUCCUUUAGGAUCUCCAGACAGGCCUUGGGCUAAGCCAGAAGAUCCGUCACUCUUGGAAGACCCAAAAAUUGUAGCAAUUGCAAAAAAAUAUGGUAAAACUGCUGCUCAAGUUUUGAUUAAAUAUCAAGUACAAAGGGGUAUCAUUGUCAUUCCAAAAUCUGUGACCAAGAGUCGCAUUGAAUCCAAUUUUGAUAUAUGGGACUUUGUAUUAGAACAAGGCGAUAUUGAUGCGAUUAAUACUUUUGAUUGUAAUGGCAGAGUUCUUCAUCUUAACUGGAAUAGUCAUUUCAAGGAUUAUCCAUUCCAUGAUGAAUAUUAAUAUUAAUUAAUGUUUCUGCAAUAUAACUAAUAAUUUUAAUUUUUAUAAUAUACUAUUCAAACAUACAGCAUAUUUUAUUUGCAUAAUCAAUUUAAUGGAUUUUCGCAAAAUACACAUAAUGUAUAAUAUUUUUGUAAAAAUGAACCGUAUUAUUGAAAAAAAAAAUUAGUAAAUUUAUAUUCAUCAUUUAUUAUUUUAGGUUAUUGAUUUAAAUUUAUAUAACCUUAAUAUCAGUAUAACUAAAAAAAUAUAUAUAUAUAAUAUAUUUUUUUUAAUAACACCUAUUCAGAAG